UACAAUUUUACACAAUAUCAAUUGGUGUAAACUUUUCCGCACACAUAAAAACUGUGGCAACUAAUUUGACAAGUGACCAGUAAAAAAGUAAAAUUAAAAUAAUUGCGCGGAAUGAGUAAAAAGUCGCAGAAGCCAAAAUACAUCCUGAUGGUUUGCGUGGACAACAUUUGUCGCUCACCCGUUGCGGAGGCUGUGAUGCGUGCCGUAAUUGCGCAGAAUGGUCUCCAGUAUGAGUGGCAUGUGGAUAGUGCAGCCAUAGAGGCGUGGCAUGUGGGCGCACCUCCAGAUCCACGAGUCCUGAGUGUUCUCGGCCAACACAAGAUUGUGUAUAACGGUUGUGCGCGGCGUCUCGUAGCGGAUGAUUUUCAAAAAUUCGACUAUAUAUUUGGCAUGGAUCACAGCAAUAUGGCCUCGUUGCGUCUGUUGGAGCCGCAUUAUGCCAAAGCCAAUUUGUUGCUGCUGGGUGACUUUUUGUUUGGCCUGAAGCCCACUGAACGCAUCAUUGAUGAUCCCUAUUACUUAAUGGGUGAGGAGCCCUUUGAGAAGAUAUUCAAGCAGUGCAGUUGUGCCUGUUCAAAUUUUUUAAAACAAGCGCGCUCUGGUGAAAUUAUAACCUAGAAUUCAAC